CCGCGAUGCGCCGGCGUCAAAAUAUUGAGCCGACAGUACCGCGCGUUAGACUAGCACGUAGACAGCUUCAACGCGGCCCUGAAGACAUGGGUAAAAAAAUUGAGAACAUAGGCAGAAUGACGGCGAUGACGCAGGAGGAAAUUGUGGCUGGAGCACGGACCGUCGCACAAGGUCUGGAGGCUCUCCGAGUCGAACAUGGUGGUCUACUACAAGGCCUGCAGUCUCAGGACGCACCUGCUGCUCGGGACAAGGCUAGUCUGCUUUCUAAAAUCAUCGAGAUGAUCGACCUGGGCCUAGGCGAAGCGCAAGUGAUGCAAGCGUUAGCGAGUCAUCUGCAGAUGGUGGAAGCAGAAAAGCAGAAACUAAGGACACAGGUGAAGAGGCUGUGCCAGGAGAACGCUUGGCUUAGAGACGAGCUAGCCGGCACACAACAGAAGUUGCAAGCGAGUGAGCAAGCUGUUGCUCAAUUAGAAGAAGAAAAGAGACACUUAGACUUUAUGGCCAGUAUGCGACAAUACGAUCCGGAUCCAUCAACAGAAGAUGAAAAUGCUAAGGAUCGACCUAAGGACGAUCCUGUGGUGGAUCUCUUUCCUGAUGAUGAUACGGACGAUCGCAACAGCAAAUCUAUAUCUCCGACUCCGCCCUCGCAGUUUGCUCAGCAAGUGAAUGCUGGCUAUGAGAUACCGGCACGCUUGCGUACACUGCAUAAUCUGGUGAUCCAAUAUGCGAGUCAAGGCCGUUAUGAAGUGGCGGUUCCCCUGUGUAAACAAGCUUUGGAAGAUCUAGAAAAAACCUCUGGUCAUGAUCAUCCUGACGUGGCAACCAUGCUUAAUAUUCUCGCUCUCGUAUAUCGAGAUCAGAACAAAUAUAAAGAAGCUGCGAAUCUUCUGAAUGAUGCUCUAGCCAUUCGAGAGAAGACGUUAGGUGAAAAUCACCCCGCAGUAGCGGCAACGUUGAACAACCUCGCAGUGCUAUAUGGAAAACGAGGAAAAUAUAAGGAGGCUGAACCCCUAUGCAAACGAGCACUAGAGAUCCGCGAGAAGGUAUUAGGUCGCGAUCAUCCGGAUGUAGCAAAGCAAUUAAAUAAUCUGGCACUACUGUGCCAGAAUCAAGGCAAGUACGAAGAGGUGGAACGUUAUUAUCAACGAGCAUUGGAGAUCUAUGAGGUUAAGCUGGGACCGGAUGACCCAAACGUCGCUAAAACGAAAAACAAUCUAGCAUCUUGUUACUUGAAACAAGGAAAAUAUAAAGAUGCCGAAGUGUUAUAUAAGCAGGUGCUCACUAGAGCGCAUGAGAGAGAAUUUGGCGCCAUCGAUGGUGACAACAAACCGAUUUGGCAGGUGGCCGAAGAAAGAGAGGAAAAUAAACAUAGGAACAAGGAAAACACACCAUAUGGCGAAUAUGGCGGUUGGCACAAGGCUGCGAAAGUGGAUUCUCCUACUGUUACUACUACUUUAAAGAAUCUUGGUGCCCUUUAUCGAAGACAGGGUAAAUACGAAGCUGCUGAAACGCUCGAAGAUUGCGCCUUGAGAUCUCGAAGAGAGCACGUGCAACAAGCAUUAGAAUUGGUGAGUAAGGCACGGGUGGUACAGACGCUGUUAGGCGAUGACAAAAGCUCUACCAGACGUGGCUCACGAUCCAGUCUGGCUAAUAGCGAACAUGAACAAAGUCACGAAGAGGACUGGAAAUAUGCCUUUCGUGCGAAGUAAAGGAAACGUUCAUUGACGAAAACUACUUUACGAGAACUACAUUAGACUAUAAUCUCAAUGUGCGAAUGAUAAGAGGCGAAAGGAGAUUCUGCAUUGACGGAUGAUGUUCGGAUCGUUUACAGCACACAUUCCAGUUACUUCUCUCUAACGAAAAACUCACUGUUAUGCGAGCUAAUUUAUUCUGCUUUUAGAUUUUUAUUCAUAAUUUCAUGCGGACAAUUUUACUGUUUAGCACGAAUUACUAUUUACGACGUUUUCAAACGAUUAUAAGAAUAAAUCUGAAAGAUAUCGAGUAAUCGAAUGAAAAUUCAAAAGAAUAAUUAUUUAAAUCACGUACAUUAUUUCUAUUUAUAUUUUUUUCGAUAAUGUGCGUUGUCCUAGCUAAAUCUGAUUAAUUUCAACUUCAUAUUUGCACGUGUAUAAUGAUAAAAAUACUUCCACAUAUGCGUUUUUUCUUCUAUGGUGAUAUUUUAACUUUUUCAGUUUUAAUUGAAUGUGCAACUGUUAGAUUUACAUAUAUAUUUAAUUUAUAUUAAUUUCGCACAUUUCGAUGAUUAUCUUAAGUAAGAAAUAGUUUUUUUGCGGCAUUAUGGACACAUUUUCUUAAAAUUAGUUUUUAAAUCUAUAUUUAAAAAAUAGAUCCCUUGAUAAAAGGACCAUCCUAUAGAUUGUUACAAAAUUGUGUUUUAGCAAUAUUUUACUUUAUGUUUUACAUAAACUUUAGAAGAUUAAAGUGUAAAUUUUUCAAUAUGUUUUUUUCAAUAUGUUUUUCAUGCAAUAGAAGGAUAAUGUCACAAUCAAUGACAUACGCAGCGAUGUUGUAGCAGAAAUUGUGAGCGUAAAACUUGUCUAUUUGUUUAUCAAACAGAUAAUAAAACCAUUCGAUUAAUAUAAGUCAGUUUUCAAUUGCGCUGGAUUAUAUGCCAG